UCCCUUUUACGCUACCGCGGUCCGUUCCAACCUGACACCAUCACCACCAUUUUGCUCGUCAGACCUCAAGUUCAAGGCUUCAGGAAUCUUCUAGCGUAGACGGGUUUAUUAUCAUUAUUCAACUUCUUUAUGACCUCAUGACAUGGAAUCCAUAGACUACAUCGACAUCCCGCCUUGGGCCACCCGAAUCAAGUCUACACCCACCAAAUCAAAGUCGGGUUCUCGUCAUACUCCUUCACCAAUCCGAACGUCACUGCCGCACCCCCAAACAGACACUCCCCAUCCCCAACCAACCAGCAUACUCUCACCUACAAAUGCCGCGCUCAACUUCCUCCCUAACGUUCUCAUGUCUUCCGUCCCUACGAAUCCGCCCACGGAGAAACCAAAGAAACGGAAACCGGGCCAAACGCCUUUGUUGUCUAUCAGGGACCCGUUGUCUCUGGCGAUAAUGUCGGCAAACUUUCGACGUUUCGUAUCCAAGGUUGGGCCUGUGUUUUGGUUGCAGGAUCGCGUGGAAGAGAUUGUGAUGUGGAGGAGAGGAUGGAAGAUGACUUCGACGUGGAUAGCCGCGUACGCGUUUCUUUGUUACUUUCCUCGGCUUCUUCUGCUUCUACCUCAAGUGGCUAUCAUAGCUGUUAUCUUGGCUACAUAUAAAUACACGUCGUCAUCCUCUGAUACAUCGACUGUCCCAGUGGAAGACAGCGUAGCUUGGCAAGCCAACAUACAAGCCAUACAGAACCUCAUGGGAUUCUACUCUGACGCUUACGAUGCCGUCCACCCUCUGGUACUCAAUCUAACCCACAGAACUCCCUUUACUCUUCCCCUCCUCACCCUCGUAACCCUGAGCCUCAUACCCGGAGUCGUGCUCGUCUCACUGCCAUCCCUCCCCAUCCGCGCCAUCUGCCUCUCCCUGGGAAUAGUCCCCCUCGCGUUAACUAACCCCCACGUCCAAUCAUCCCUCCUCCUUCUGUUCCGCAUCGACAGAAACCUCCGCUGGCUCCGAUCCAAACUCGGAUUAGACCCCAAACUUCCCCUAACAACUUUUGUCCAGCGAUUGAUCGACGACAACAACCUCGCAGACUCGUGUUGGACCGCAGAGAUGCGCGAGGUGGAAAUCUUUGAGAAUGAGCGCCAUUUGGACGCGCAGGGGGAGACGGAGAAGAGCUGGAGUAAGGAGAAUCUGAAGAGUGAUGAGCGGAGCGCGUGGACGAGGGGUCCGGAUGGGUUAAGUGGGUCUGUUAGCAGUAAUUUAACAUUUACAUUGGAACCUGGGUGGUACUUUGUGCAAACCGAGGAUUGGAGGCUGGAUGUGGAUGCGACCUGGACUCCGCAGGGCGGGGAUUCGAAUGGAUGGGUGUAUACCAACGAUUCUUGGCUGGAUCCUCGGCCGAGUAACGCUGGCGGGGCUGCGACUAGGAAACGGAGAUGGGUGCGGCAGAUAUGGUAUAAUCCUCCAGUCGACAACUAGCAUGCUCCUUUACUUCUGUGACACGGAUCUGCGCUUAUAACAAGAUGUCGUCCGUGUGACUAUCGAGGUUUCUGUUCCGAGCAACUCUUAAGCGGGAGUUUCGAAAGAUCCCGGCGAAGCGGGGCUCU